GAGUGAUGUGGUGCCAGGAUUUGGAGCAGGGGAUGGGUUGAGUGGCUGCGUUCUGGACCAGUCGAAGUUGAAUGAUGUUGGUAGAGCUGAUGCCAAGGAGAAGUUGCUGCUGGCUGCAGGUCCCUGUGGAGCAGAAGAGCAUUCCCCCUUUUUUCCUCAUGUCCCUCCCUGUGUGUUUCCCUGUGUGUUAGUGACCACGCACCCCCACCCACCCCCCCACCUGAUCCCUCCUGUUGUGUCGCCACUCCACCCUGAAGCCCCCCUCUCACCCCAUGCUUGGGACAAAGCCAGCUCACUGCCAGCCCAAUGACUGCCUGGAUCGUCCUGCCUGUCAGCCUGUCUGCCUUCUCCAUCACAGGAAUAUGGAUAGUGUAUGCCAUGGCUGUGAUGAAUCACCAUGUUUGUCCUGUGGAGAACUGGUCUUACAAUGUAACAUGCACAGAGGAGCUACCGCGACCAGGCUUUCCCAAGACGUGCUGCACCAUCCAGGACAUCCCCCUGAUCAGUAAAUGUGGCUCCUUCCCUCCUGAAAGCUGCCUGUUCAGCUUGAUUGGCAACGUUGGAGCCUUCAUGGUGGUGAUGGUGUGCCUUCUGCGCUACGCCCAGGUGAUCGAACACAGCCACCGAUGUUGGGUCAACACCAGCGCUCUGGUGUCCGGCUGCACCAAUGCUUUGGGCCUGGUCAUGGUGGGCAACUUCCAGGUUGAUCAUGCCAAAUCUCUACACUACGUGGGUGCCGGAGUGGCAUUUCCAGCAGGGCUGCUGUUUGUGUGCCUGCAGUGUGUGCUCACCUACCGGGUGGCCGUGACUGCCCUUGACUACUGGAUGGCCCAUUUUAGAGUGGCUCUGGCCCUGGGAGCCAUGGUCUCCCUCGUCCUCAGUGGCAUCUUCUUCAUUCACGAGAGCUUCAUCCUGCAGCACGCUGCAGCCAUCUGCGAGUGGGUCUUCACAGUGGACAUCCUGGUUUUCUACGGCACCUUCACCUACGAGUUUGGCACCGUCACCAGCGAGACAAUGAUGACGGGCCUGCAGCAGUGUCACCACCACGGCUCGGGGGUUAUCAUGGGAGCCAGGGCCCGGGGCUCAAUACUAGGUGGGACAACUAAGGGCCUCAAGUCCCCUGGGGGGAGCAGCACAUCCACACAUCUCAACUGUACCCCAGAGAGCAUAGCCAUGUUGUAGCUCUGCAGCGUGCCCAUUGCAGAGGUGCUUCAUGGGCUCCCACAGGUAGGCAAGAUGACAGUGGCAGCAUGAGGAGGAAGAGACGAUGUUCGGAUAUCUUUAACCAACUACAAUAUCUAUUUCUUUAUUUCCCCCCCCAAUGUUGGUGCAAGCUACUACAGUAAACUGUGCUGUAGCAAUGUUGAGAGAAGGCUGAAUGUGUGAAGCCUGUCUGAGUACCGGAACCAUGAAUGUUUUCCAAGAUGGCUGUUGAUUUGGGAAAUUCUUCACAGGAGUCUGUUUCCUGAACUACACUUUUUUUUUUUUUUUUUUUUUUUUUUACUUUUUACAACUGUGCAUCACUGGUAUGCCCAUAAGAUUUCCCCCCCUGCACCGACACUCCUUCAUGAACUACCCAAUGCUUUGAGCGGCCCACCUCUUUUGGCCUUUUGCUUAUCUCUGCACGGCUACACAUUUUGAAUGAGAGAAUAACAAUUUGUUUGAGUAUUUGUGUAGUAAGUAGAAACCUAUUGAAUGUUUGAGAAGUGAAUAGUUAAGGUAUGUCUGUUUUUUUACUGGCUGUAAGUAUAUAGCCUUUUUAAGUCAAUCAAGCAUAAAUGAUCUGUCAAAUGAUCGGCAAAAAAUCAUUUUACUCGAAUUUAAUUUGGUUGCACAGAUGAUUUUUGAAUGCAAAUUUGAUUACUUUACAAACUGUAUCUUGAGCCACUAUCAUUCUUAAGAUCCUAUAAUAUAUCAUAUGUCACUGACGUGCAAGAGCAGAAUGUCUACGUAAAACAGCUCUGCUCUGUUGUAAUCACUUUUAUCUGAGAAUCUCUGAAGUCGUCUCCCCUGAUGUCAUUCCGUUAUUGCCCCACAUGUUGCAUGAUCUGAGGAUUUCUUAGUAACAUUUGCAUUUCAUGCUACCUUUUUUUUACUUGACUGUCAUGUCCGGUGCAAUAAUUGCCAUCCAUCUUCUGAUAAUUUCUGCUCCACUGGAGUGUAUGAUGCCUUUUUCAGUGUGCUGGGGUUGAACACAGGGCGUUUUUGUUUUUGUUUUUCUUUCAAAGUGACACCGAGACAUUUGAAGUGACCUACAUUUUAUAUAGUAAUGGAUGUGUAAAGGUGAAGCUAUAAUCUGACUAACAUAUUUCCAGAAUAAUGUAGUUGUAGUUCUUG